AUUGUACGUAUAAUUAGAGAAAGGACGUGGGCCAGUUGGAAAUUGGAAUCUGCUCUUGCUUGCCUCAGUCUCUUAGUGUCUCUGUACUCUCUUAUAGAAAAGCAUCAUGGACGUGUUUUUAAUGAUCCGUCGUAAGAAGCAGACGAUACUAUUGGACGCCACAGAGGAGACCACCGUCACUCAGUUAAAGAAGACGCUCGAGGCGAUACUAAAGAGACCACCCGAUGAGAUUCAGUUGUAUAAAAUGGACACCAACGAGGCCCUGGAUGACACCCGUACGCUGGGGGACUGUGGGUACAAGUCUUCCAACUCAAAGGCUCAGGAUCCGUCACAAAUUGGACUAAGAUUGAAAAUAGAUGGAGAGUAUGAGAAUUUUGACAUUACCCCUUACUCCACACCACCAGAUUUACCUGAUGUAAUGCGUACCCCUGACGUCAGUGGAGGCGGUCAAAUGUCCUCAGUAGCAGCUGGAGGAAAAGAAUAGAAAACAAAGAGAUAACUAUUCUAGUGUUAUUAUUAUUACUUCUUUUUGUGUUUUGUUAUUAUUAUAUUAAUUAAUCUAAAGUUGACGUGUCAAUACUUACCCUUUCAAUUUUUUGUUUUUUUGUAAUGCAAAAGUUUCAUUCACUGUAUCUGUCCUUAAGCUACUUUAGUCUGUUCUUGUUGUAAUUGAUAUUUUAACAUAAUUCGUGUGUUAAUAAAACCUCUAGUUUAUUAUUAUAUUAACUAUUUGACAAAUUAACUCAA